AUGGUAUUCGGCAAGCCCUGGAAACUUCGCUGGCGUUUUCCCUGGUGCCGUACGAACAUAGCUGCUGAAACGUGUUCGCGGAGUAAACUGUUGAUUGAUGUCGAGGCAGGAAGGGAAGUUGGUGGUGAUGGUAAAAAGACGCGCGGUUCGCGGAGCGAGGAGCGAUCAAGUGGAGCCAACAAACCUCGUGGCGCGAAGCUGAACGAAGUCAAGAAGACGCUGUCGGGCGGCGGGGGCGGCGUCGAGCCGCCGCCGCAGUUUGCCGACAUGGUCCUGUCGCCGCCGCAGGAAUUCAGUGACGUGACUCCGUGCACUGUCGUUAUCCAGGAGCCCGAAACAGACUCUUCGUCGACGACGUCGUCGGGCCCGUCGUGGCGCCGCGUGGCGACGACGAAGGGUGCCACAGUUCUCAGCCCUGUCAUGCCUGAUGUGGUGCUCGUGUCCGUGCCGGCAUUUAAUCGCAGCAAAUCUGCCGGUGACUUGCCGUCGCCGGUCAAGAGUGACAAGUACAAGGUUGAAGAGCCUGAUGAUGAUCAAGAUUAUUGUUACAAAUAUUUGGAUCAAGCGACAAUUUUCAAAGUGAUGCUGAACAAAACAUCGCAAGGGCUGGGAUUGAGCGUGAUGGGCGGUGUGAGCGAGACGGAAGCGGAAGCCAAAGCAAGCAAAACUGCCGACAAAGGUCCCAGUCGGCGAAAAGGAUUUAUACGAAUUAAGAAGGUUUAUCCCAUGACGCCGGCGUCGGAGUGCGGAAAUUUGCUUCCUGGCGACAUUGUUUUGUCCGCAAACGGGGUUGAAUUGACUGGACUGACAUGCAGUCAAGCCUUGGAGAUCCUGCGGACGAGCCCGAGGGUGACUGUGUUGGACGUGUGUCGAUUGCCGAAAACUGUCGAGGAGCCAGAGAACCCGACACCCGCUGCACAACGGAAAAUAUCCAGCCGAGAGAACCUUCUGAGCCCCAUCUUGUCCCCGUGUGGGAAAUUGAAUUUCAUUCUGGCCCCGUUUUGCAUGCGUGGCGAGGAUAUGCAGCGGACAGUUGCUGGUGCGGUGCCGGCGAGUGCUCAUUAA